CUUCCUUAACUCCAUCUGAUCCAGAAGUUCUGUGCGUCCAUGAAUCCACAUAUGGGAUCAGAACACAAACCACAUUCUCACUGGAGGAAAAUUGAAAUUUACUGGCAACAGAUCAUCUAACUACAAUAAGAAUGACACUUCAGACUGUCACUUGGAUGAGCGCCUUCCUCUGCCUCGCGCAAGUUUGCUCAAUGCCCAUGCCUUGCCAGCUACAAGGACAGCUGGUGCGAAUAACCCACAACCUACUGAGAGACAUGGGGGGUAAUUUUCCUCUGGAGUGCCUGCAGGAGAAAGUCUUCGUGGCAUUCCCAGCCACCGCAUUUGCAACCUCCGGUGCGCCACAGUUGAGCAGCAGUGGUGCUAUGGCUAUUUAUGAGACAUUGAAGAACAUCGACACAUUGUUUGGAGCUGACGACCUGCCUACUAAGUGGGACCAACAGAAGUUGGAGAAUUUUCAGAAUAUUGUAUACCGCCAGAUUGAAGAGAGCAAAUGUAUGAUGGGCAGUGUGGAUACAAGUGAUUAUCUCAUCAGGACAGAAGGACUGAAGACGUACUUUGGGAACAUUGCAGCAGUCCUAAAAGAAAAGAAUUUCAGUUACUGCGCCUGGGAAGUGGUUCGAAAAGAGCUCCUGUACAGCCUACAGUUCAUUCUGGAACACAACUCUGAUAGCCUUCUGUGGGCCAACAGAACAUGAAUUUGAACUUGCAGAACUUUUUUACAAUUGUGUUUUACGAUUGUGCUUGAUUUUAAAAGCCUACUCUUCUACAAUCAUCUAAUGUGGAACGUCAAAUAGCUAUAUUAAAUCUGUAUUUAUUUAUUUAACAAGGUUAUUUAUUUAUGUAUGCCUAUUAUUCAUUUAUUGAUUAAUCUAUUUGAAAAUAUG